CGCCACACGUGGCGCACAAUGCCGUCCAAACAACUUGGACUCGUCGCAUAAAUUACACGCAGAAGCAGACUCUUGGAGAGAACAUCCGUGGAAGUUUGUCAAUAAACUGCGUUCUAUCAUCGUUUCCUCAUGAAAACCACUAUGGGACGAGAAUCACGGCAUUACAGAAAACGGUCGUCCUCCAGAGGCCGGUCGGGUAGUCGGUCCAAGAGCCGCUCUCCGGACAAACGAUCCAAGAAGGAAGACCGCUCCGGGAACCGUGACAAGGACCGUAACCGCAAGGAGCGUUCCCGCAGCCGGGACCGGCGCAGGUCGAGGUCCAGAGACAGAAAGCGGCCCAGGCGCUCUAGGAGCAGGGAAAGGAGACGGUCUAGAAGCAGAGAGCGGAAGAGGUCAACCAGCCGGAACCGGGGUCGUAGGUCUCGAAGCAACAGUCCAAGCAAAAGCAGGAAGACUGAUGAAAAGUUGGAAGGUGGAGAUAAUGGUUUGUCUAAGAGCAAAGAGAAAGAAAUCGAUGUCUCCGAAAAGAAAAAGACAAAGGAAGAGAAAGAGGACGAAAAAGUUGAAGAUCAAGACUUUGACCAGAAUAAGCUGGAGGAGGAGAUGAGGAAGAGGAAGGAGCGUGUGGAGAUGUGGAGGGAGGAGCAGAGGAAGAAGGCCAUCGAGAACAUUGGCGAGAUCAAGAGGGAGCUGGAGGAGAGGAAGCAGGGCAAGAAGUGGAGUCUGGAGGACGAUGAAGAUGACGAUGAGGAAGGAGGUCUCAUUCCCAUGGAAGGAGAUGAGGAGGAUGAGGAGGAGGAGGAGGGUGAGGGCAAGGAGGAGAAGAAGGAGAGCGAGAUGAAGAAAGAGAGCGAAAUUAAGAAGGAGAGCGAUGUAAAGCAGGAGAAGCCCGAGGAAGAGGUGGAGGAGGAGAAGAAGGAGACUCCCAUGGAGCUGGAGGAGGAGGCGAUGGAGGAGGAAGAGGAGGAGGAGGAUGAUGUGGACCCCUUGGAUGCUUACAUGGAAGGCGUGAAGGAGGAGGUGAAGAAGUUCAACAUGGGAGGCAUGCGGGGAAACGACAAGAGAGGGAUGAUGGUGACCAACGUCACGGUGGUAAAAUCCAAGAAGGGGUCUCUUACCCACAAGAAGAAGGGCGAGCUGAUGAUCAAUGACCAGGAUGCCAUGGAGUACUCCUCUGAGGAAGAGGAAGUGGACCUGCAGACGGCUCUGACAGGCUACCAAACCAAGCAGAGGAAGGUGCUGGAGCCAGUGGACCACCAGAAGAUCCAGUACGAGCCUUACCGCAAGAACUUCUACGUGGAGGUCCCCGAGCUGGCCAGGAUGACUCCAGAAGAUGUGCACUGCUACAGGCUGGAGCUGGAAGGCAUCACGGUCAAAGGGAAGGGCUGUCCUAAACCCAUAAAGACGUGGGUGCAGUGUGGCACCUCCAUGAAGAUCCUCAAUGCCCUCAAACGGCACAGCUACGAGAAGCCCACCCCCAUCCAGACACAGGCCAUCCCUGCCAUCAUGUCUGGGCGUGACCUCAUCGGCAUCGCCAAGACCGGCAGCGGCAAGACCAUCGCCUUCCUGCUGCCCAUGUUCCGACACAUCAUGGACCAGAGGCCCUUGGAGGAGAGCGAGGGCCCCAUUGCGUUGAUCAUGACCCCCACCAGGGAGCUGGCGCUGCAGAUUGCCAAGGAGUGCAAGAAGUUCUCCAAGACGCUGAACCUCCGGGUGGUGUGCGUGUACGGGGGCACUGGCAUCAGCGAGCAGAUCGCUGAGCUGAAGAGAGGAGCUGAGAUUAUUGUCUGCACACCUGGAAGAAUGAUUGACAUGUUGGGAGCCAACAGCGGACGCGUCACUAACCUGAGGAGGACCACCUACGUGGUGGUGGACGAGGCCGACCGGAUGUUCGACAUGGGCUUUGAGCCGCAGGUGAUGCGCAUCGUGGACAACGUGCGGCCGGACCGCCAGACGGUGAUGUUCUCCGCCACCUUCCCCCGGGCCAUGGAGGCGCUGGCCCGCCGCAUCCUGGCCAAGCCCAUCGAGGUGCUGGUGGGCGGCCGCAGCGUCGUCUGCUCGGAUGUGCAGCAACACGUGCUGGUGAUCGAGGAGGACAAGAAGUUCCUGAAGCUGCUGGAGAUCCUGGGCCACUACCAGGAGAAAGGCUCCGUCAUCAUCUUUGUGGACAAGCAGGAGCACGCCGACGCGCUCCUCAAGGACCUGAUGAAGGCCUCCUACCCCUGCAUGUCCCUGCACGGAGGUCAGCCCGCGGUGUCUUCCUGAUGUUCCCUCUCAGGGCCCCUACCUCCAGGAGUGGUAGGGGGCCCCUGCCUCCACGGGUUGUCGGGGGCGGGGCCUGUGCUGUAGUCUUUAUGUUCCCCUCAGGGCCCCUACCUCCAGGAGUGGUAGUGGGUGGGGCCCGUGUUGUGUCAGGGCUUCGGCCUGUCAAUGCCUUCAUCCAUGCGGGUCAUCCUUAAGUCUCAUGGCGGCUGCAGCCCAUCAGCGAUGGCAGCGGCAACUUUUUAACCAAUGCUCUUUUUUUUUUGUGACCUUUUGGCCGAGAUGAAUAAUCAGAUGUAAUAC